CACUCAAAAGCUUGGCCUAAUGGUCAUAUGUCGAAAUACUUAAAUAAUGCCUAUAUAAUUUGGUGUAUGUCUAAACUGGAUAGUUCCCUCAAAAGACUCAGCAAAAAAAUUCAGGUGAUGGGUAUUGUGGCACCAACAUGGACGGGUGCUCAUGCCGAGUACGUGCUCUCCAAAGAGUCGUGGUGUGUCAAAAAACCGAACAAUAUCAGUCAUGUUCAAGCGGCUGCUCUACCUUAUGUGGCCUGCACCGUAUGGGCUGCUUUAGUGAGUGUGAGUGGAUUAUCGAACGUUUCAAGUCGUCAUCAGUUUUCCAUUGAUUCUGAUUUCGUCUACUGCAAUUAUUCUGAAAAAAAUCGAAAGGAUACAAAUCGAGACGAAAAUUUCACGCAUGAACCGAUAUUUUUUGAAUUGGUUUCAUCGUUAGGUGCAAAACCAGUUGAUUAUGACUGUAUGACGGUGAAAGAAAUGCUGCAGUCAGAGGGGCCAUUUGAUGUGAUAUUGGAUUGUGUGAAUACAGAAUUAGCACAAUGGAGUGAUUCUUUGAUGGGUGUCUGGCGAAACAGUGUUCAUGUUACUCUGCUUACACCGAUUCUGCAAGAUACGGAUAGUCGCUACGAAAUGGCCGCUGGUUCUCUUAUGCCUAUUUCGCACCGAAUGAAGAAUGUCUCAAUACAGUGUCGAAAUUAG